AUGGCUCCGCUCGGCGCGCUGCUCGCCUGCCUGCUGCCCCUGCACUGCGCGCUCUGCGCCGCCGCGGGCAGCCCGACCCCAGAGCGGCCCCUCUCCGGACGGCUCCGUGACUAUGGUGUGACCGUGCCCCGCAGCACAGAUUUCCGCGGACGCUUCCUCUCCCAUGUGGUGUCCGGCCCGGCCGCAGCCUCUGCAGGGAGGGCGUCAGAGGACAGGCCGCCGGCACCGCCCUCACCCGCCGGCCACCCGCGGGUGGCCCGCAGCCCCCUGCGCCCCAGAGGAGCCACGCCACGGCCUGCCCGGCUCUACUUCAAUGUCACCGUGUUCGGGGAGGAACUGCACUUGCGCCUUCGGCCCAACCGGCGGCUGGUGGUGCCCGGCGCCUCCGCAGAGUGGCAGGAGGACUUCCAGGAGCUCUUCCGACAGCCCUUGCAGCAAGAGUGCGUCUACACCGGGAGUGUCACAGGCAUGCCGGGGGCGGCUGUCGCCAUCAGCAACUGUGACGGAUUGGCCGGCCUCAUCCGCACAGACGUCACUGACUACUUCAUCGAGCCCCUGGAGCGGGGGCAGCGAGAGAAGGAGGCAGGCGGGAGGACGCACGUGGUGUACCGCCGGGAAGCUGUCCAGCAGGAGUGGGCGGAGCCCGGAGGGGACCUUCACAACGAAGCCUUUGGCCCGGGCGACCUUCCCAACCUGCUGGGCCUGGUGGGCGGCCAGCUGGGAGAGGCAGAGCGGAAGCGGCGGCACGCCAAGCCGGGCAGCUACAGCAUCGAGGUGCUGCUGGCCGUGGACGACUCCGUGGUGCGCUUCCACGGCAAGGAGCACGUGCAGAACUAUGUCCUCACCCUCAUGAACAUCGUGAAUGAAAUUUACCACGACGAGUCCCUGGGGACGCACAUUAACAUUGCCCUUGUCCGCUUGAUCAUGGUUGGCUACCGACAAUCCCUGAGCCUGAUUGAGCGUGGGAACCCCUCCCGCAGCCUGGAGCAGGUGUGCCGCUGGGCCCACUCUCAGCAGCGCCAGGACCCAGGCCACGCAGAGCACCACGACCACGUCAUCUUCCUCACCCGGCAGGACUUUGGGCCCUCAGGGUAUGCACCUGUCACGGGCAUGUGCCACCCCCUGAGAAGCUGCGCCCUUAACCACGAGGAUGGCUUCUCUUCCGCCUUCGUGGUGGCCCACGAGACCGGUCAUGUCUCCUACGACUGCCUCCUGGACGACCCCUUUGCACCUGCCUGGCCCCAGCCCCCGGAGCUGCCCGGCACCGACUACUCCAUGGACGAGCAGUGCCGCUUCGACUUUGGCACCGGGUACCACACCUGCUCCGCGUUCACGACCUCUGAGCCCUGUAAGCAGCUGUGGUGCAGCCACCCUGACAACCCGUACUUCUGCAAGACCAAGAAGGGGCCCCCGCUGGACGGGACCGAGUGUGCGCCAGGCAAGUGGUGCUUCAAAGGUCACUGCAUAUGGAAGUCGCCAGAGCAGACUUACGGCCAGGAUGGCGGCUGGAGCUCCUGGACCAACUUCGGGUCCUGUUCGCGGUCGUGCGGGGGCGGAGUGCGAUCCCGCAGCCGGAGCUGUGACAAUCCCUACCCAGCCUACGGAGGCCGCCUGUGCUCAGGGCCCAUGUUCCAGUACCAGGUCUGCAACAGCGAUGAGUGCCCGGGGCCCUAUGAGGACUUCCGGGCCCAGCAGUGUGCCAAGCGCAACUCCUACUACCGCCACCAGAACGCCAAGCACAGCUGGAUCCCCCACGAGCCUGAGGAUGACAGCCAGAAGUGCGAGCUGAUCUGCCGGUCAGAGGACACGGGGGAUGUGGUCUUCAUGAACCAAGUGGUCCACGAUGGGACGCGCUGCAGCUACCGGGACCCCUACAGUGUCUGUGCCCGCGGGGAGUGUGUGCCCGUCGGCUGUGACAAAGAAGUGGGGUCCAUGAAGGCAGACGACAAGUGUGGGGUCUGUGGCGGCGAUAACUCCCACUGCCGGACUGUGAAGGGGACGCUGGGCAAGGCCUCCAAGCAGGCAGCAGCUCUCAAGCUGGUACAGAUCCCAGCCGGUGCCAGGCACAUCCAGAUUGAGGAGCUGGAGAAGGCCCCCCACCGCAUUGCGGUGAAGAACCAGGUCACAGGCAGCUUCAUCCUCAACCCCAAGGGCAAGGAAGCCGCUAGCAGGACCUUCACUGCAAUGGGCCUGGAGUGGGAGUACGCAGUGGAUGACGCCAAGGAAACCCUCAAGACGAGCGGGCCCCUGCCCGAAGCCAUCGCCGUCCUGGUGCUCCCCCCAGCGGAGGGCGGCCCCCGCGGCAGCCUGGCCUACAAGUAUGUUAUCCACGAGGACCUGCUGCCCCUCAUUGGGAGCAACAACGUUCUCCUGGAGGAGACGGACACCUACGAGUGGGCGCUCAAGAGCUGGGCCCCCUGCACCAAGCCCUGCGGAGGAGGUAUCCAGUUCACCAAAUACGGCUGUCGGCGCCGACGAGACCAUCACAUGGUACAGCGGCACCUGUGCGACCACAAGAAGAGGCCCAAACCCAUCCGCAGGCGCUGCAACCAGCACCAGUGCCCCCAGCCUGAGUGGGUGAUGGAGGAGUGGAGCACCUGCAGCCGGAGCUGUGGGAAGCUGGGGGUGCAGACCCGGGCAGUGCAGUGCCUACUGCCCCUCUCCAACGGUACCCACAAGGCCAUGCCAGCCAAAGCCUGCCCUGGGGACCGGCCAGAGGCCAGGCGGCCCUGCCUCCGAGUGCCUUGCCCAGCCCAGUGGCGGACCGGAGCCUGGUCCCAGUGCUCUGCCACCUGCGGAGAGGGCAUCCAGCAGCGGCAGGUGGUGUGCCGGACCAAUGCCAAUAGCCUCGGACAGUGCGAGGGGGACAAGCCGGACACCAUCCAGGCCUGCAGCCUGCCUGCCUGCAGAGGAAAUCUCCAGAACUCUACCGUGAAGGCUGACAUCCAGACACUCGUGACCCCACAAUCCGGGCCCCUGCAUCCUAUGAACAAAAUAACAUCAACAGAACCCUGCGUGGGGGACAGGUCGAUCCUCUGUCAGAUGGAGGUGCACGAGCGCUACUGCUCCAUCCCCGGCUUCCACCGGCUGUGCUGUGAGUCCUGCUCCAAGAAGGCCUCAGGCCCUGAUGCCAGCCUGGACCCCCGCCCGACCUCACCGCCACCCUCCUCCACUCCUGGGAGCCCCUCGCCGGGAGCCAAGGCCCCUCCAGAUGCCGUGGAGCCCACUGUGGCGUCAAUGGGCUCAGACAACCGUUCGCAUGGCCGACCCACACAGCUCCCAGGACCUCUGGGGACAAGCCCCCCAGGGACCCAGCGCCUUGGCUCUGCUCCCCAGAAACUGAGUCCCGGAGCAUUGCAGAGUACUUUCCCUAGCGCCACCCGGGGGCAGCCUUGGGGCUGGACCACUGGCCCGCCUCUGCCAGCCUCUGCGGAUAAAGGGCAACUCAGGGAAGACCUGAAGCAUCCGGGCACCAGCCUUCCAGCCACCUCCCCAGUGACAUGA